AAGAAAAGAAAUCUGCAGCAAACUUUUUUUUCCCUCUCUCAAAAAAACCGAUCAGAGGAAGGAAUCCAGAAGGAAAAUCCCAGAAAAUUUCAAUGAUUCUAGCAGUGUUGUUCGCCAACUCCCAAGGAAACAUCUUGAUCGAAAGAUUUAAUGGCGUCCCAGCUGAGGAGCGGCUUCACUGGCGAUCUUUCUUGGUUAAGUUGGGAGCAGACAACCUCAAAGGUGUCAAAAAUGAGGAGCUCCUCGUCGCUUGCCACAAGUCGGUGUAUAUCGUGUACACGGUGCUAGGGGAUGUUAGUAUCUUUGUAGUUGGCAAAGACGAGUACGAUGAACUUGCUUUGGCAGAAGUGAUCUUUGUCAUUACUGGGGCUGUCAAAGACGUAUGUGGAAAGCCACCAACCGAGCGUCUGUUUCUUGACAAAUACGGGAGAAUAUGCCUGUGCCUUGAUGAAAUCGUGUGGAAGGGGCUUCUGGAGAACACGGACAAAGACAGAAUCAAACGACUCAUAAGGUUGAAACCUCCGACUGAGUUUUAGUCUGGCAGUUCAUCUUGUCGAAGCAGAGAUUCUUCUACUGAUAGUUUUCCAGAUCUCCAAUUGAGUUGCAACAUCUCUUAUUUCCGGUUCACUGGUGAACUUCAUAUCGACUAUUUUCGAGUAAAACUUAUUUGUUGUUUGAUCAAAGAAAGCCAUUGUGUCUCAAUGUUUCUUCAACCUUCGAUUCUCUUGUUCAUUGGAUGUAUCAGUGUUUAUGCUAUGAACCUGAAAACAGAGCAAUGGAAGAAUAUUCUCGUAAA